AUGAGUGAAAAAUGUCCAAUUUUUACAACCGCUCGUAGACAGCGUGUUGCAGAGGUGCAGUUGGUCCCUGGAGGCCUGACGGCGGCUGUGAAUGAGGUGGUGCUUUCUGGGCUGCGGGGUCUCGCACGUGUGACGUACAGAAUUGGACAGCUGUACAUGAUAAGCAAGCAUAGCCAUGAGCAGAGUGACCGAGGUGAAGGUGUGGAAGUGGUGCAGAAUGAACCUUAUGAAGAUCCAAACCAUGGCAAUGGUCAGCUAACAGAAAAACGGGUCUAUCUCAAUAGCAAACUGCCUAGCUGGGCUAGAGCAGUCGUUCCCAAAAUAUUUUAUGUUACAGAGAAGGCUUGGAAUUAUUAUCCUUAUACAAUCACAGAAUACACAUGUUCAUUUUUGCCUAAAUUCUCCAUUCACAUAGAGACAAAAUACGAGGACAACAAAGGAAGCAAUGACAGUAUUUUUGACAAAGAAGCUAAAGAUCUGGAGCGAGAAGUCUGCUUUAUUGAUAUUGCCAGUGAUGAAAUUCCUGAGCGCUACUACAAAGAAUCAGAGGAUCCAAAAUACUUCAAGUCACAGAAGACUGGGAGAGGCCAAUUAAAAGAAGGCUGGAGAGAGACCCAUCAGCCAAUUAUGUGUUCCUACAAACUGGUGACUGUGAAAUUUGAAGUCUGGGGGCUUCAGACCAGAGUAGAGCAAUUUGUACACAAGGUGGUCAGAGAUAUACUAUUGAUCGGUCACCGGCAGGCUUUUGCCUGGGUUGAUGAGUGGUACGAUAUGACUAUGGAUGAUGUUCGAGCAUACGAGAAAAAUAUGCAUGAAAAAACCAACAUUAAAGUUUGCAACCAACAUUCAUCUACUGUGGAUGAAAUAGAGAGCCAUGCCAAAGCAAGAACAUGACAAUGGAUGAAGUCCGAGAGUUUGAACGAGCCACUCAGGAAGCCACCAACAAGAAGAUAGGGAUUUUCCCACCUGCGAUAUCUAUCUCUAACAUUUCCAUGCCUUCGUCAACCCGCAGUGCUCCAUCUAGUGCUCCAUCAACUCCUCUCUCCACAGAUGCUCCUGAAUUCCUAACAGUUCCCAAAGACCGGCCUCGGAAAAAGUCUGCUCCAGAAACUCUCACUCUUCCAGAUCCAACGAAAAAAAACCCUUUAAAUUAACCCAGCAUGUUUCCUCCUGAUAAGCCAUGUCUUACCACAGCAAGAGUGACGUAACUCAAUUUCUACAAAGGUCGUGGUGGUUUGUUGGUUGCUUUUUUGCUUAAAAUAAUCUUACUGGCAUGGAAAGAUGACUUCUUUCCUCAGACUAGAUCCUUAAAACCUUC